AUGAAAACGCGUAUACAUAUAUUUAUAAUUAUUCGCCAUGAUUACAUUUUAAUGAUACUUAUACCCCCGAUAGAGAAAGAGAUAAGAGAAUCGCGUUUUUACAGCCGUUCUUAGGUGACGCUUCAUGGGACUUUGUUUGCACAAUUGUUUGGACAUUCGUGUGUGAUCGUAUGGACGUAGAAAAUCCUUGAAACGAUAACAGGAAUAAUUCGUCACGAAAUCGAGCAACGAUUAUAUACAUACAUAUAUAAUACAAUAUGUUCUACUUUAUAUACGGUGUUAAAGAGAAUCGAACGAUUUAAAUAACAAAACUAAUAGCAGAUCGGCAAGAUUUUUGUUCUUUUUUGAUAAUGCAAUAAACUCAAUUUCACUCGUAGUAAAAGCAUAGACAAUCCAUUGUUUACUUUAGCAUACGAACACAAGGAUGAUAAUCAAUUGCAUUAUCAAAAUGAAAGGCGAGGGUACCCACUUGGAACAGGGUUGAUUUUUGGGAAAUUGUUUCGUUAAUCCGUAAUCGUAAGGGGGGUGGGGGUCUUCUUUUUAACACCGUGUAUAUGAGAGAAAAAUAAUCUGAAAUAAAUCACAGCUCGUCUCCGCACAGUCUCCGCCUUGUCUCGGAUUUAAUACACGACGCGUUCUUCCGUCAGUCCAUGCCGACCAAUUGGACGACUCGCGGCAGCUUCCAACGAAGAAACCUGUUUUAUUUUCGGACGAAUUUGGAGAGCCGGGCUUCUCGUCUAUUUCGAGAAGGCCGCUGCCACCACCGUUCUGGAAGAUACCAAAUAAAUAGUCAAAAUUGAUCAAGUGGUUCUUUCGUCCGGCGGUGAUAUCGCCAAAAUUUGGAGGAUGUUGAUGCCCAGUGCCGCCGGUCUUAGUGCUGUAGGUGCUGUGGGAGCACCAGGCCCGGACGAGCUCGUUUCCGGGCUGGGUGCUCUUGCGGGUGCCACACCUCAGCAAAAAGAUACCACCUGGACUAAAUUAUUCGUCGGCGGUCUACCGUAUCAUACGACCGAUAAAAGUCUCAGGGAACAUUUCAGUGUUUACGGGGAUAUCGAGGAGGCCGUUGUCAUCACUGACAGGCAAACUGGAAAAAGCAGAGGCUACGGUUUCGUCAUCAUGGGAGACAGAGCGGCAGCUGAGAGAGCCUGCAAGGACCCCAAUCCUAUCAUCGAUGGCCGCAAGGCCAACGUUAACUUAGCAAUUCUUGGAGCUAAACCGAGGGGUAACUUGCAAACCACAUUCCCAUUUGCUGCCGGUAUUAGAGCUGGAUAUCCUGCGGUUCUUCCUGGCCAAUAUGGAGUACCACCGGGCUACGUUUACCAGUCUCCUUAUCUGGCCGCAGCGGCGCCAGGCGGCUUGGUACCACUUCCGGCGACUCAGUUGAGCCACGCAGCCGCAGUUGCAGCUACGCAAUUUUACGAUUAUCAAAAUGUAGCGGCAGCGGCUGCCACCUAUCCGGGUACUUCCUACAAUUUCGCAGAGGCCUAUCCGUACAGCAGUGCUGCCGCCGCGGUAAAUGCAGCGGCAGGUUAUGUGACGCCGUACACAUAUGCGACUCUACCAGGUGCAGCGGGUUUGCCUGCUGCUGCUGCUGCAGCAACGGCGGGUGCUGCUUUCCCUGGAUUACCAUACCAAACGACGCCUCAGGAAGCAAGAUUACAAUGAGAUAUGGAUCUCAAAGUGUUGUCAAAAACGAGAAUCGUUCAUAAUAAGCUAGAAAUAUCGCGAAUAUUGAUUUCGACGAUGAACGAUUGUCGUUCAUUUUUGUUUUAUAAUCAAAUUAAUAAGGGACAAAAAGAACAAAAUUAUCGCAGAAUCGUUUUAUU